GUGCCAUCAGGAACCUCCAUUACGUCCCUGAACACACCCCAUCUUUCCCUCGAAAGCCCGUCAACAUGUCCAAGGUGGCGUCAAUGUUUCACCCCAAGAGGCUCGACCUCUCUGGGUUCGUCAACACCCGUCUGAUCCGGGAUCACAACAAGCGCAAUGCCUUUGCCCAGAUGGAGCCCGAGCGACAAGCGCUCCGCUACAUCAUCCGCAACACCAGCCUUCCUCAGCGUACUCGCGCCCAGGCCCAGCUCCAGCUGUCCCAGAUGCACUGCUACACCCGCCCAACACAAAUCAAGAACCGCUGUGUAGCUUCGGGCACUGCCCGUAGUGUGUUCCGGAAUUUCAGACUCAACCGAUUCCAAUUCCGUAUGCAGGCUCUUGCUGGUGAGCUUCCAGGUGUCAAGAAGGCAAGCUGGUAGACGAUGAUGAAAAGUAUUGGACCGGCCGAUUGAUACUGGAUGGUUAGAUUGACAGGGUUUGCAACAUGGCGUUCUCUUUGCUUCUUUGUGAAGCGUGUACAGUAUACAAAUACCACGAACGGAUUUUCUUGUUUCUUCAUUCAACAUCUCCCGCUCCGGUUUCUGUUCCAUGUCUGGCAGCACCAGGAAUUGAAACUGAUAUCCUAGGCCGCUGUAGAAGAGCAGCGCAGGCAGCGCAGUUGGAAGGUACGUGUUGCGCGGAGCCAGGUUUGACGGGGAUU